CACGACAAGAUAAGGAAAACUAUAUCUACUUGGCAUGCUGUCAUUGGACACAACAAAUGACAGAUGCUUAUUCUAUUAAAACCACAUGCGUCGAAAGAAGCCGCAUUGUAGUUUCUUCAACAGCAAGCAAUACAAGAGGAAUUGAAUCACUGGAGAGAUGAGGACUGUGCUACCGAGAGUUGGUAUGCAUGAGAUGAUCGUUUUUCCUUCCAACAACAUCAUUGCGAUGUCUACUAGCAGCAGUUGCAGAAGUUCCAAACCACAUGCCAGCAAUCCAGACAAAGAAAACACAGGUUUUAUCUGUGGUUCACCAUCUCUAACUGCAUCUUGGUUGGUUAAGAAAAAAACCAAUUGCAAUAUAAUAGCAAAAUCACAGCUUGUGAAUGAAAUCCAGAAAUGUAAUGAAGAUAAGCUUGUUGCAUUUGACUUAAAAUGUUACAUGGUCACCAAGGCUGGUGUCAUCAAUGAGGCCCUAGACAAGUGUGUAAGCCUUAGGUACCCAGAAAAAUUACACGAAGCAAUGAGGUACUCUCUCCUAGCCGGGGGAAAACGCGUUAGACCCAUUUUGUGCCUUGCUGCUUUUGAUCUUGUUGGUGGAUCUGGGGACAACGCUAUGCCAGCUGCUUGUGCAGUGGAGAUUAUUCAUACCAUGUCACUCAUUCAUGACGAUUUGCCCUGCAUGGACAAUGAUGAUUUGAGAAGAGGGAAACCCACAAAUCAUAAGGUGUUUGGUGAGGAUGUUGCUGUGUUGGCAGGGGAUGCACUGUUGGCAUUUGCAUUUGAGCAUAUUGCCUCCAGCACGAAAGGGGUUGAGGCAGAAAAGGUUUUGAGGGUUAUUUCUGAGUUAGGCAAGGCGAUUGGUUCAGAAGGGUUAGUUGCAGGGCAGGUUUUGGAUAUUAGCAAUGGGGGUGUUUCUGAUGUGGGUCUGGACCUGCUUGAGUACAUUCAUGUACAUAAAACAGCCGCUCUAUUGGAGGUGUCUGUAGUGAUUGGUGCAAUCCUUGGGGGUGGAUCUGAAGAAGAGAUUGAGAGGCUGAGGACGUUUGCAAGGUGUAUAGGUCUGCUUUUCCAGGUUGUUGAUGACAUUCUUGAUGUUACUAAGUCAUCUCAAGAGCUUGGGAAGACUGCUGGCAAAGACCUCGUGGCUGAUAAAGUUACAUAUCCUAAAUUAUUAGGCCUCGAAAAGUCAAGAGAGUUUGCUGAAGAACUGAACAGACAAGCCAAGGAUCAGCUUUCUGUAUUUGAUGUGAACAAAGCAGCACCUUUGAUUUAUUUAGCUGAAUACAUAGCCCACAGGCAGAAUUAGGUAUUAAAUGAAUGUAUCAUUUUUUAAGUUUUUAAUUCUACGAAGUUACACUCUUUGAAAAAUGAAUUUCAGAUGUUCAAAUUACCUAUCAUUGGUUAUUUUCUAUCCUUCAAUCUGAGCAUUGACCCAAUUUUCCUUCC